AUGGAGGAAGAGGAGCACCUGCGUGUGCGCAAAAGCGAAAUCCUUGGGCGCAGGGGCGGUCCUAUGCGCAGAUACGCGUUCAGUGGUCGCACCUGCGAUUGCGCAAGAGCGGAUGUUCCGCAGCAUAUUGGGAGAUAUGGAGCUCGGAUUGAAGUGAUUUUUGAAGCGAUUUUCAUCACAUGGUUUGGGUUUCUAGCCGUUCGGAGUUCAAACACCAGACGGCGAAAUGAAAUGAUGAGGCUUCUUGUAACAACCUUCGCUGGAGUUGUGCUUGUAAUCUGCUUGUAUAUUUCAAUUUUGCAGUUGAACUUACCUUCUAAUCUUUUCGGAUUAAUUGAUCUCUCUUUCAUUGAGGGCAAGCAUUCAGGCCUCUCAACCCAAGAUCUAUUAAAUGCCUGGUCUUCCCUGAGGAGCCACAGAGGCAAUUCACACAAGCAUAAUGACACAAAGAUUUGGGUUCCAUCAAAUCCUCGAGGUGCUGAGAGGCUACCACCGGGUAUCACUGCAUCUGAGUCUGAUCUUUAUCCUCGAAGGUUGUGGGGCCUACCCCGUGAGGACUUGAUUAUCAAACCUGGGUAUCUUGUCUCCUUUGCAGUUGGCUACGAGCAGAAAAAUAACAUCGAUGUGGCAGUCAAAAAGUUUUCAGAGAAUUUUACCUUUAUUUUGUUUCACUAUGAUGGUCGAACAAGUGAAUGGGAUGAUCUUGAGUGGUCCAAGCGGGCUAUCCAUGUUAGUACACGAAAACAAACUAAAUGGUGGUACGCAAAACGCUUUCUGCAUCCAGACAUUGUAGCACCGUAUGACUAUAUAUUCAUCUGGGAUGAAGACUUGGGGCUUGAGAAUUUUGAUGCGGAGGAAUAUAUAAAGUUGGUGCAGAAACAUGGUUUGGAUAUUUCGCAGCCUGGUGUAGCAUCAAACAUUGAGUUGGCAUGGCGGAUGGCAAAAAGACGUAAUGACACUGAAGUCCACAAGGAAACGGAGGAAAGACCUGGCUGGUGCACUGAUCCGCAUUUGCCACCAUGUGCAGCAUUCGUUGAGAUCAUGGCACCUGUUUUCUCUCGAGAGGCAUGGCGGUGUGUUUGGUAUAUGAUCCAGAAUGACUUGGUCCAUGGAUGGGGUCUUGAUUUAGCUCUCAGGGAAUGUGUGGAACCAGCACAUGAAAAGAUAGGAGUUGUAGAUUCUCAGUGGAUUGUGCAUCAGACUGUUCCUUCACUUGGGAACCAGGGACAAGCAGAGCAGGGCAAAGCACCUUGGGAAGGGGUAAGAGAAAGGUGUAAAAGAGAAUGGGCAAUGUUCAAAGAGCGUAUGGCUGCUGCAGAGAAAGAUUAUUACAAGGCAAAAGGGAAUUGAUCCCCUUAAUUCUAUAUCUCAUUAGGUGGUAAAUCACAUGAUUAGGAUGCCAGACACUUCUUUAUGGAUUUUAGUUAUAGGCACUAACAGUUUUAAAGAUGUUUUACACUGUUAGUAGUUACUUACCAUUUCUGUUAGUAGUUACCAUUUUUAUUAGCUUACCAAUAAAUGCUUUUACUUGUAAUUUACCUUGUAAACGACCUGCUUGUGUAAAUAUAUUUCACAUUG